CACACGCAGCAAUCCUCUCUCUUACACGCUCUGUUUCACCAAACGGAAUAGAUUUAAUAUGUUUUAAACAUAAAUUAUUUAGUAGGCGGAUUCUUAUCAGUGUCACGACAGAGAUAUUUCCUGCCUCACUGUUUCUUACAUCACCCCUUCUGUCUGGCUUUUCCUCAGAAUUCAACAGGAAGCUCUGUACAGACUGAGACUGCUGGAUCCUCCAGUGUUUUACAGCCCUCUCUGCACUGACUAUUGGUAUAAGAAGAGAGACUGCUGCCUGAGGCCUGGGUACAGGGAGGCGAGGAUCCUAACACUGCCACACAAGCAGCUCCACAGUAAUGUCAGCCUCCCUCCUGGGCGCUGAUCCCAUCUAUGCCACGGUGGUCCACACUGCCAAGGCUGAGGCCAGGGAGUCGACAGGGGCUGUGGCUGUCCCUCCAGUCAGGCUGAAGCCUCCGGGGGACCUGAAGUUGACCCGGAGCCUCUCCAAGUUGGACUCAGACCUGUUGGUGUCUCCCCUGGGUGAGGAGGAUGGGGGUCUGAACAGCUGCUGUGAGUCUGUGGCUAACUGCAGUUCUGGGAACAAACAGAUGGAGAGAUCGCCCUCCUUCGCCUCCGAGUGGGAUGAGAUUGAGAAGCUCAUGAACCUGAUUGGAGCAGGCAUCGAGUCAUCCAAUGACCAGCAGCGCACCACAGAUGGGGCCUGCAGCAAAGCUCUGGACCAGCCUGUGGGAGAGUGGCUGGAGCAUGUGGGGCUGCCGCAGUACGAGAGCAAGCUGCUGCUUAAUGGCUUUGACGACCUACGCUACAUGGGCAGUAACGUGAUGGAGGACUUGGACCUUAGAGAUAUGGGAAUCACUGACCCUGGACACAGAAAGAAGAUCCUCCACGCAGCACGCAGCUUGCCCAAGGUGAAGGCCCUGGGCUGUGAUGGCAGCACCUCUCUCUCCACCUGGCUGGAUGUGCUAGGUCUGCAGGAGUACCUGCCUAAUUUCCUGUCUAGCGGCUACCGUACCUUGGACUGUGUGAAGAACCUAUGGGAGUUGGAGAUUGUCAACGUGUUGAAAAUCGGCGUCCUGGGCCACAGGAAGAGGAUCAUAGCGUCUCUGGCAGAACGGCCCUAUGAGGAGGCCCCGACCAAAUCACAGAUAUCUCACCGUCUCUCACAGAUCAGGUUUCAGGACUUGUUGUCCCAGACAGGGACCUCUGCUCUGAGUCAGAUGGACCCGUCCACCAGUCGCUCCAUGGACAUGCUCCUGCCCCUGGGAGAGGCAGGCAGGAGGAGGAGAGCCAUGGACCAGGACUGCAGUGUGUCCCUGCGCUCCUACAGCGAGAGACCACGCUCUCAUGACAGACAGAGUGACAGACAUAGGGAGCCCAGUUUGACCCUUCGGCCGCCUAGCCAGUCUGCCACAUACGCUACAGUGUCCGCUUGGCAUCACCAGCCUGAGAAACUCAUCUUAGAGUCCUGUGGGUAUGAGGCCAGUUAUUUAGGAUCAAUGAUUAUCAGGGAUCUACGGGGGAUUGAGUCAACUCAAGAAGCCUGUGCCAAAAUUAGGAAGUCAAAGGACCAUUCAAGAAAGGGUCCUGUUGUCAUCCUUUCCAUCACCUAUAAAGGGGUCAAGUUUAUCGACGCAGUCACUAAGACCAUAGUAGCUGAGCAUGAGAUCAGGAACAUCUCCUGUGCGGCCCAGGACCCUGAGGAACUCUGCACCUUCGCCUACAUCACCAAGGACAAUAAAAGUGGCCACCACUUCUGCCAUGUCUUCAGCACUGUGGAAGUGACCCAGACCUAUGAGAUCAUCCUGACGCUGGGUCAGGCCUUUGAGGUGGCCUAUCAGCUGGCUCUCCAGACCAAAGCCAGGCAGUAUGUCCCAGUCCCCCCACCAUCUCUGGGGUCAGAGGUCAUUGAGACCAAAUCCAGCCGGCCCACAUCACAGCAAUGGAGCAGCAUGAGGAGAUCAACAAUUGACCCUCUGGAGAUGGACACAGACAUGCAGUCCCUGGGCAGCACCACCUGGCUCUUCAACCAGAGAGACUCCAACAAGCGCCCUGUCAGCACCAACUUGUCCUGUCUUGCCAGGCAUCUACCACUGUGAGGCGCUGUGAGGAGACACAUCACCUGGGAUGCAUGAAAGACAAAAAAUCUAUAAGAAAAAAAAACUAUUUUUUCUACGCAUUUUUUUUAUCAUACAUUGAUGGAUCAUCAAGGAAUCUUCCCUUUCCAUUCAAAAUGGAUCAAGAACUGAACCUCAAAUUCCUGUGUGCUCUUCUUGUACACAAAUGGGAGGACAACUUCGUCAUCAAUCUGCCAAGAUCAGUAGCCUUAAUUACUUCAAUCUGGCUAUCUAUCAGUUUAUCUAAAUGUAAUCAAUUGAGCAUCCCUUGCCACAAUCACACACUCUCCACACCUGCUGACUGCUACAUGCAUCUUCCAUGGUUAAAAAGACUAACAGUACUUUUGAGUUGACAACACAAGAACACUUUGGCUGAGCUGCAAUGAAGUUGUUGUAAUGGUACAGGUUUGUCCAGAUAUACUGUCUACAUUAUACUGUCUAUAAUGCUCUGUAGCUUCACAGUGUGCAUGGUGCCUCACCAGUCAUUUUAUUACCAAGAGAGACAAUCAACAGAGACUGUUUGGCUCAUCAGAGAACACUGUGUUAAAACAUGGCACUAUCCCUUAAAAAAAAAUAUUGUUUUAAAAUGGAUAUGGUUGGUUUCUUUAAUAAGAUAUGCUUUUAAGACCAGGGCUUCCUGGAAUAUAUUUAGUAAAAGAAACCAAGGGAAGCAAGACCACAAUGAUAUCGGCGUAGUAAAAAAUUUGUGCAAAUGUAUGAGAAAUUACCAAAACACCAUGGUCACGAAGGUCACGUUUUGGGUAUGUCCAAGGAAUUUGAGGGCAAUAAUUGAAUUUGCCAAUUCAUGGUGAAGGAUACAAGAUAUUCCUAAUAACAUUGUUUUCAUUUUAGACAAUUUAUGAGGCAAGGCACAUUUGUGUUGCUGGACUCCUUAUGUUGCAUCUUAUCAAGAUUACGUGGGUUGUAAAUCCAUGCCAUGGCACAUAGGUUCAGCAUGAGGUACAGUAUGUUUAAACAAAUUGGUCACAAAAAUGUUAGCGACAGUGCCAAAGAUUCAGGCUUACUCAUGGAACUUUACAUUUGAGGGAUCAAAAUAUAAUUAGAUAUGCUUUCACUGUGCAAAUAGUUUUUGGUUGAAAAUAUCUGUGAAACUGCAUUCUUGUUUUUCUUUCACAGGGAUUUAUACCGCAGGUCUAGUUAUCUACACUAUAUAUACAAAAUAUGUGGACACCCCUUAUAAUUAGUGGAUUUGGCUAUUUCAGCCACACCCGUUACUAACAGGUGUAAAAUUGAGCAUACAGCCACGCACUCUCCAUAGACAAACAUUGGCAGUAGAAUGGCCUUACUAAAGAGGUCAGUGACUUUCAAUGUGGCACCAUCAUACUGUAGGAUGCCACCUUUCCAACAAGUCAGUUCGUCAAAUUUCUGCCCUGCUAGAGCUUCCCCGGUCAACUGUAAGUGUUGUUAUUGUGAAGUGGAAACGUCUAGGAGCAACAACGGCUCAGCUGUGAGGUGGUAGGCCACACAAGCCCACAGAACGGGACCGCCGAGUGCUGAAACGCGUAGCAUGUAAAAAUCAUCUGUCCUCGGUUGCAACUCUCACUACCGACUUCCAAACUGCCUCUGGAAGCAACAUCAGCACAAUAACUGUUCGCCAGGAGCUUCACAAAAUGGGUUUCCAUGGCCGAGCAGCUGCACACAAGCCUAAGAUCACCAUGCGCAAUGCCAAGCGUUGGCUGGAGUGGUGUAAAGUUUGUCGCCAUUGGACUCUGGAGCAGUGGAAACGCGUUCUCUGGAGGGAUGAAUCACGCUUCACCAUCUGGCAGUCCGACAAACUAAUCUGGGUUUGGUGGAUGCUAGGAGAACGCUACCUGCCAGAAUGCAUAGUGCCAAUUGUCAAGUUUGGUGGAGGAGGAAUAAUGUUCUGGGGCUGUUUUUCAUAUUUCGAGCUACAAGUUCCAGUGAAGGAAAAUCUUAACGCUACAGCCUCCAAUGACAUUCUAGACAAUUCUGUGCUUCCAACUUUGUGGCAACAGUUUGGGGACGGCCCCUUCCUGCUUCAGCAUGACAAUGCCCCCGUUCACAAAGCGAGGUCCAUACACAAAUGGUUUGUCGGUGCGGAAGAACUUGACUGGCCUGCACAGAGUCCUGACCUCAACCCCAUCGAACACCUUUGUGGUGAAUUGGAACGGCGACUGCGAGCCAGGCCUAAUCGGCCAAAAUCAGUGCCCAACCUCAUUAAUGCUCUUGUGGCUGAAUGGUCCGCACAGCAAUGUUCUAACAUCUAGUGGAAAUCUUUCCCAGAAGAGUGGGGGCUGUUAUAGCAGCAACGAGGAAACCAAAUCCAUAUUAAUGCCCAUGAUUUUGGAAAGAGAUGUUCAACAAGGUGUCCACAUACUUUUGGUCAUGUAGUGUGUCUGUUGGCUCUAUCUGUUUGUGUUUUGCUCAACCUAUUCUGUGUGCUGUGUAGCCUUGUGUUUGUGUCCUCGUGGGAAGAUGGGUUGUUCUGUCUCUAGCUGCUGUCCUCAUUCUGUGUCUCCUGCUGCAGGAGAUGUUAUGUUUCGCCUCUCUCCAAACGACACCUGGUUAAUACAGGAUGGCUGACUGGAGAAUGACUGUUAAGACAUGCUAGUCUCUGUGCGGUACUGUAGCUGUGACUCAUCGUCAAUCUGUCCUGUCCUGACUGUUACAGUACUGAUGCAUGUGGCAGUAUUUGCGUUUGGUCCUCUGAUGGCCCAUUGAGGUGUCUGUAACAGCAGUGUCUGUUUUGUUUUAUCUUAUAAUUUGCUGUUUUGUUUUACUUUUUUCUUUGUUUCACAAAUAUAGCACCUCAUCUCA